AUGGCCUCAUCACGUGUAUUCAUGGACAGUGAUGUCCAAGCAACCCGAGAUUAUCUUGCUUGGUUGGUCUCAAACUCGGAUGUCGCCAACAGAGUUGAUGCAGACGUUGUCACUAAGACUGAGACAGUGACCAUAGGCGAGCUCUUUUCUUAUAUGAAGCAAGUAGCUGCCAAGGUUGCUUGGUUUGAGUGCAUAGCGACCGUUGCUGAUGUUGUGCACGGUUUAAGCUGGUAUUACAUAGGCUGCGGUGUGUGCCACACUAAGGCAACCAAAGGGCCUACCACCCUUAUGUGUAAGAAAUGUGGGAAGAGUGAUAUUGUCGGUGUUCCACAGUUUCUGGCCAAGAUCUCUGUGUACGAUAAGAGUGACCAGGCGUUUUUUUUUCUCCUUGGUGAUGCUGGUCACGAGUUGACUGGAAAGAAAGCUUCUGAAUUGGUUGAGAGCUAUUUUGAGGCCAAUGAGAGUGUAAGAGAUGAUCACAUAGUUCCAGUGCCUCAAGCUCUGUCUGAUACCAUAGGUCAGACUCGCAAGUUCAUUGUGAAGGUCUCAAAUCAUAAUUUGACUGGCAAGACCCAAUCUUUGACUGUGACAAAGGUUCUCCAUUCAGACGAUCCAGAACUUGAAGGCGAGCUGGAGGAAGAUGUGAUUAUCCCAGCCGCCCAGAAAACUUUGGAUGAUGGAGGUGCUGAGGAUGAUCCUUCCAUGGACUCUAAGGGCGAAAAGGUGAAAAGAGCUGCUCAAAAUGAUGAAGCAGGUGAUCCUAAACGAGCCAAAUGUGGCUAG